UUGAAUUAUGCGUUUCGGUUAUUUUGUCCAACACAUUCUGUUGUGCUGAAACACCGCAUUGUUCAUAAUAUGGUCAUUCAGAUGUCAGAUAUAUUUUUAACAAUCUAAUAAAAUAUUCAGUUCAGGAUAAGCGAAAUGCAAUACAAAACAAUGCAAUAGAAUGCAGUAUAAAAUAAGACAGCAUCCGAUCUUUGGAGGAUAUUCUGCGGUUAAGGAAAAAAAGGGGGAAAAAGACUUAAGUUGACAUGAAAUAUUAAUGUCAAUAUUACUUCUGUCGAUAAAUAAGAAAAGCCUUUUUUUCUGGGUUAUUGUAACCACUUGCGAGCGAGCGGCUGUACCACGUGACCCAAGUGGUAGGGGCCUGUAGUGUUUGUUGAGCCACAGACAGAGAGGCAGAAAAGAAAAAUGGCGGCUCUCGGCGAACCCGAACGGGACGCCGGGCUAACACUUUGAGCUUUCACACCCGAGGAAACACACUGAGGUUGCGGGCUUGCAUGCUCGGCACCAACCCCGACCACUCCGAUUCUGUAGGGGGACCGCUUUUCGCUCGCUUCCUGCGAACGCAAUCACUGGGGAUAUAAACGAAUAGCUUUCGCCUAUCAUGAGAGGGAAAAGGGGCAGGCCGCCCAAACCGCUAGCAACCGAGGAGCAGUCGCCAGCUCCGGCUACUACACGGGGCUUGCGGCCGAGGAGGAAUAUCAAGCCCCGUUUCCGAGACAGCGGCGAGGAGGACGCGGAGAGUCCCGUUCGGGAAGUAGCCAAGCCGACCAGGAAAAAGAAAGCGGCAUCUGUCAUCUCGACGCGAGGCAGGGGACGAGGCAGAGGUGGCCGAGGAAGAAGAGGGGCUCGCGGAGGCAGGAGGACCCCUGCCUCCAAAACGGUCGUGUACGACGACCACGAGAGCGACGAGGACGACGACGCUGUCAGUUUGAGAUCCGAGGAAGAAGAGCCGGUCGAGGAGGACCCUCAGUCCGAUGAGGACGAGGCCCUCAAGGAGGACUCGGACUGCCUCGAUGAUGUGCUGGACGAGCAGCAGCGGCAGGAGGAGGAGGAGGUGGAAGAGGAUGCCAGCUACUGUACGGAGAGUAGCUUUCGGAGUCAGAGCACACACGCCAGCACACCGGGGAGGAAAAAGGCCCGACCCCGCACCCCCAUUUUGGAAGAGAAAAACAUCCCCCCUCUUGAUCUACCCGCAUCUUCCGAGGAUCUCCUGGUGCCUAGCGAAGACCUGCUAAAUGCAACCUCCAUCUACGAGGUGCUUCGAAACUUCAGCACGGUGCUGCGGCUGUCCCCCUUCCGCUUUGAGGACUUUUGCGCAGCGCUCAUCGGCCAGGAACAAUGCACUUUAAUAGCAGAGACUCACAUUUCUCUGCUGAAGGCCAUCCUGCAUGAAGAGGAAACGUCCAACACUAGCUUUGGGCCCGCUGACCUCAAGGACAGCGUCAAUUCCACUCUGUACUUCAUCGACGGCAUGACGUGGCCCGAGGUGUUACGUGCUUAUUGUGAGAGUGACACAGAGUACCACUACGUGCUGCCCGAUCAGGAACUGGAUGAUUAUCCUUUUGGUCCCGUUGAAAGUAAAAUCAAGGUGCUUCAGUUCUUGGUGAACCAGUUUCUUACCACCAACAUUGCCCGUGAAGAGCUGAUGUCUGAUGGCGUCAUGCAGUAUGACGACCACUGUCGCGUAUGUCACCGCCUCGGUGACCUGCUCUGCUGCGAGACCUGCUCUGCAGUUUACCACUUGGAGUGUGUGAAGCCACCACUAAAGGAGGUUCCGGAAGACGAGUGGCAGUGCGAGAUCUGUGUGGCACAUCAAGUACCCGGCGUGACCGACUGUGUGACGGAAGCGCAGAAGAACAGGCCCUACAUACGCCAGGAGCCUCUUGGAUAUGACCGCCACCAGAGGAAAUACUGGUUUCUCAGCAGAAGGAUUAUUAUUGAAGAGGACGGUGAACAUCAGAAGAAAAAGAUCUGGUACUACAGCAGCAGAUCCCAGUUUCAAGAGCUGCUUGAGUGUCUGGAUAAGGACUACUGGGAGAUGGACCUUUGGGCCAGUCUGGAGGAGAUAAAGGAGGAAGUUCAAACUCACAUGGACAUCACAGAGGACCUUACCGAUAAAGCUCGCGGAAACAAUAAAGCCUACCUCACUGCUGUCAACGAGAUGGUCACGGAACGUUUAAAUAUCAGACGGGACGCACGGACAGCAAACCGGCAAGCAGAGGAAGUGAAUACACAAGCAGAAAAAAGUUGUGCGCCGACAGUGGGGGACUCUGCCAAAGUUCCGUCGCAGCUCGGUGAUGGAGAGCACAAAGACACCGAGCCCAAGGAGACCGCGACUAUGCCAGCAGCUGUCGUUCCAACUGGUGCCCAAGAGAGCUGCGCGUCUGAUUCUAAGUCCAGCUCAGCCCCCCGGGACUCAACUGAAUUUCCUGAUUCAAACAUCGACGCCAAGGAGGAUGGGGAAUCCCCGACAGCGGCAAAGCAGGAAAGGACAGAUGAAGCUAAGCGGAGCAGUGAAUCCAUGCAAGCACAAACCCCUGACGAGCAUCCUGAAGCAGGUCCAAAGGUCUCAGACAGCAGGAGCCCCGGGAAACCAGAGCAGCCAGACCUGUUUGAAAGGUCCUCUCGGUCAUCUUUCACCAGUCAAGAUGGGACAGAGGAGUGUCAUGAAAAUAUGAGGCGCAACAAAGCAACUGGAUCGGCGCUGGAAUCUAUGAACCAAAUUUUGAGAAAAAGCAAAGAGUCAUCCCCUGAUGUAGAGACUUCACAUUCCAGCUUUUCCAAAAGUGACUUUGCGUUGAACUUGAACAACUUGUUCAAAUUGGGUCAGGAAGGUAAAUAUCGGGUGUACCAUAACCAGUACAGCACCAACGUCCUGGCGCUCAACAAGCAUCAGCACCGGGAAGACAACGACAAAAGGCGGCACCUCUCCCACAAGUUCAGCUUGACGGCUGCAUCGGAGUUCAAAUGGAACGGCUCCAUCUACGGAUCACGGAGCCUGACUAUCACCACCCUGCGUUUCAACAUCAUCCAGCUGGAGAGCAACAUCCCACCACCAUUUAUGCACCUGAACUGGGCAUCACACAGAACUAACUGGAACAAAGCAGUGCAAAUGUGUAGCAAAGCGAGGGAAUUUGCUCUCGCCUUGGCCAUCCUGGAGUGUGCCAUCAAGCCGGUUGUCAUGCUGCCCGUUUGGAAAGAUUCCCUCGGACACACAAGGCUACACCGCAUGACCUCCAUGGAGCGUGAAGAGAAAGAGAAGGUCAAGAAACGGGAGAAAAAGCUGGAGGAUGAGGAGUCGCUGCAGCAGGCCACAUGGGUGAAGUACAGCGUUAACAUCAAACACCAGGUGUGGAAGCAGAAGGGUGAAGAGUACAGAGUGACGGGGUACGGUGGCUGGAGCUGGGUCAGUAAGACUCGCGUACCGCGUUUUGUUCCUAAAUUACCAGGAAACACAAAUGCCAACUACCGAAAAGAACUGAAAGCCAAAAUUAGGCAGGAAAAUGAUGCUUGCACCAACAAACAGAAAAAGGCAGAGGAUGAAAUGCAGACGAGUCAAAGUACGGCGGAGGAAAAACAGCAGGUUUCCAUGCGUGUGUCAGCUCCAAGUGCCUCAUCUGAACAAGAACAGGCAGCAAAAGAGGAAGCCAAGCCCAAAGACGAGGAGCAAGAAAAGGUAGAAGACAACAAAAUGGAGGUUGAACCCAGUGUGAAUACAGCACCAUCAAAUGAAGACGGAGAAAAUGUUGAAAACAAAGGCCCGUCAUUGCCUGCUGAACAGCCUGUAAAAACGGAGCCGAUCCAGAAAGACGACCCACCGAAGGACGAGACCUCUGCACUGAAGCCUUUGUAUGACGUUGUCAAUGUCAGCGAAGGAUUUCAUUUGCGAACAGCUUAUAAGCAGAAGGUAAAGCCUUCCAAAUUGGAUGGGCUCUUGGAGCGGCGUGUCAAACAGUUCACUUUGGAGGAGAAGCAGAGACUGGAGCGGUUCAGACAGGCAGCCUUGCUGUCAAAAAUGGCUUCCACGCGGUCCACUUCUGGAAUCAAAACUGAAACUAAACAGCCGCCCGCUGUGAAUCCAUGUGUUAAAGUUGAAGAAAAGAAUGGUGACAAGAAGGUGAAAGACCCUGUCGUAAAACAGCUUGACUUCGAUCAGGAACGCAACGAGCUCCAAGUCAACUCGGAUAUCAAAUUGGACAGUCACAGCCUGCAGACAGAAAUCGGUCCCGCGCAUGGGAAUGGUGGAAGUGCUGCGGCAUACAACGAAGUGAACGGAGGAUCCACAGGAAGCACUGGGCUCAAUGGUAAAAACAAUUUUAAAUCCGAAGCGAUAGAAAGCCAGGAGAAACCUCUGAAACAAGAGGUUGAAGAGAACACAAAGAAACGUAGCUACGAGGAAAUGGAGCAAGGCAGUCGGCGGACUGAUGGGGAGAUCGUGGAGGCUGACCGAAGCAAGACCAACGCAGAGCAGCUGAAUGGAGAAACUGGGCCCGCUGUUCCUUCAAAUUCAAACAUCAACUCAAACCUCAGCAAUCAAGUCCACGGUGGUAACAAAGAACCUGUCAAACCGCUAAUGAAUGGAAGUCUCUCCCAAAAUGUUGCCUCCUAUGAUGGUCAUUCACCUCCCUCAAAGAUCCCCAAAUUAGAAAAUCAUGUGGCCGAUACAGCCGAGCCGCAAAAUGUUGUAAGUAGCAACAAGGAUGCACUUAAAGGUUCAGAUGGGGCAGUGCCCGCUCAUUUUCAAACUUCAACCGCCGCUUGCCUUCAUAGUAGUGACAACGGCAGUAGUAGACAAGAUAUAAAGACACCCCCGCAAAAUGUCCUAGAGUCUCAAAACGCCCAAACCUCUGCGGCAAAUAACACGGUCUCUUCCACUCCGACCUCCGCCAAUAAGCCAGUGUCGGCAAUCUCUCCAAGUUCCAAGCCUGUCGGUGCAGAUGUUACUUGUCCAAAGGUGGGUUCCACCGCUUCAACCACAAGCAGCUCCAUGACGAUAUGCAAAGAGUACAGCACCAGUGAGAGAGUCAGUCUCCUCAAGUUCACCAAAUGUAAGAAGGCGCGGUCAGGCACAGCCCUGCCGUCCUAUCGCAAAUUUGUCACCAAAAGCAGCAAAAAGAGCAUUUUUGUCCUGCCCAAUGAUGACCUGAAGAGGCUGGCGAGGAGAGGAGGCUUCAAAGAGGUUCCCAUCUUCAACUACAAUGCCAAGCCAGCCCUGGAUAUAUGGCCCUACCCGUCUCCUCGGCCUACGUUUGGAAUCACGUGGAGGUACCGUCUUCAGACAAUGAGAUCGCUGGCGGGAGUCAGCCUGAUGCUCAGGUUGCUCUGGGCCUGCCUAAGAUGGGAUGACAUGGCUGUCAAGCCCUCUGUUGCUGUCGGCCUAACGCGCAAAGAAACCACAGACACAGAUAUCACCACAACAGAGAUCAUAAAACGCAGAGACGUGGGACCUUAUGGCAUCUACUCAGAAUAUUGUAUCAGGAAGAUUAUCUGUCCGCUUGGAAACAGAGACACCCCAAAAGAAACUCCGACUCCACAAAGGAAAGGCCUACGAUCCAGUGCCUUGAGACCCAAGAAAAAGGAGUCAACCAAGCCAACCGGACCUAUUGCUGUGGAGACGUGGAUUCCUGAAGAAGAUCUGGAGCUGUGGGAGAUCAGAGCCUUUGCAGAAAAAAUGGAGAAGGAGAAACUACAAGGAACUGAUUCCCCUAAAACAGUCAGUACCCUGAAGAGUGCGGAGGAUGUCAAGACGCAUUUGGAGAAUCAGCUUAAGCAGACCAGAAUGGCUGCCCAGCAGAAACGCUUUGAGCAACAAGCCAUAUCCACAGCUGCAGCCACAACCAUCACCACCACGACACCCUCAUCAUCCAGCACUUCAAAUUGUGUUAGUACCCCCGUGUCCACGGGCCAGAGAACAAGUCAGGUCACAUCAGGAACCAAGAUGGUCUUGGCCUCCAAAUUGGGCUCACCAGUCUCCUUGCAGCAAGACAAGAACUUCCACCAGUCUUUUGCCACCUGGGUCAAGCAGGGUCAGACCAGUAGUAAUACAGAUGAGCAGAAAUGCAACAGCAUAUUCCCGUCCGGCCCGCCUGCAAACCUGAGGACAUACAGUACACUCCAUCCGACAACUGGCAAUAUCAAUCUCAGAGCGAGCAACUCGACUUCAUCGAUGCAACAGAUGAUGAGAGCAGGGAACCAAACACAACCUGGAGCAAGUCCUAAAUUGACUCCACAAGGCCAUUCCCAACAGGUCCAGAUGGGCCAAGGCCAAGUUGCAUCUGCAGCUGUAUCUGGUUCUACUCCAGUGCAGCCAAUUGAAGGUCAGAGAGCCGCAGGUCCUGCGCCGUCACCUUGCGCUACCAGCACAGCACCUGGGCAGGCUCCUGCGACUCCUUCCCAACCCAGUCGACCACAGCAGGGUCAAGUCAAACUCACGAUGGCACAGCUCAUGCAGUUAACACAAAGUGCUCAGGGAGGGAAUCCUGGUCUGACAGUGGUGAUCCAGGGUCAAGGCCAGACGGAGGGCCAGCUGCAAAUUGUCCCACAGGGCGUCACCGUCAUCCCUUCCCCUGGUCAGCAGCUGAUGCAGGCGGCUAUGCCCAAUGGCCAAGUCCAUCGCUUCCUCUUCACUCCCAUGCCGGUGUCUUCAUCAGUUUCAACGUCAACGCUCACCGCAGCUGUUCCCGCAAAGCCCGCUGCAUUACCGAGUCCGCCAACCCAAAUAUCAACUCCUGCUCUACCUAGGUCCAACGUCCAGACUACGCCUUCAUCCUUGGCCCAGACCCAAAUGGCAGCCCCUAUUCCUGCUCCAACGCAACCCAUUUCACCUCUUUCUUCGCAACCGAGAUCAGAUUUGGCUUCUACCCCAACCUCCGUCCCUAUACAUCCCCAAGUGACAGCCUCAAUUCCAACAACGGUUCACGUGACUCCGCAGGUUCCAGUAGAAGCUCACGUUUCAGCACCAUCAUCCCAAUUAUCUCCCAUAGCAGCCCAGGCGUUGCCACAAACACUAGUUUCAUCCUCCUUAGCGGCCUCUGCCCCAGUACAACCUGAAGUGGCAAAAUCUGUGCCUGCCCCACAACAUAAUGCAGGGCAAACUAUGAUUCCAACCCAACUAUUAGACCAGAAUCCAACAGUAAUGACUGUAGCUGUCGCAGGACAAGUUACAACCCAAUCCCAGAUCUCGGCACAAACUUUGACCGCUUCCUCAGCUCCCGUCCAGAUGCACGUUACAGUCCCCGCCCCUGCUUUUGUCCCUCUCUCGGGCAAUUCUGCUGUCCAGUAUGCGAACUCCACCCAAAUGCAGUGCAUUUCUGCAUCUCUCCCCUCACCUGUCCAACCCCAAGUUCCACCCUGUGCCCUCCCUGCCGCCUCUGGUCCAGUCAUCGCUGUGGUAUCCAAUGAAAUUGGCGUCCUGUCCCCCGCUAAAGCACUAACCCAAAUUCAAACUCUAGCGCCUCGCCCUCUUCAUGCUGCUGCGGGUCACGCUGUGGUCACGCCAGUCACGGCCACGUGUACAACACCCUCAGUGCCAGCGCUAAUAGAGCAGAGGGCUGCUCAGCCCCAGGUAUGGAAACCGGCUUCAUGCGAAGGCCAGCUUCCAGUCCAUUCUGUUCAACAGGCAACCAUUCCCAGUCCCCCUGCCCUCACCGCAGUUCCUGCCUGUACCCUGGCGUCACGUUCCAUACCCGUUUCCUCACUGCCUCAGGCGCCUCUCUCCUUGCAAACUCAAGUCCAACACCCUGCAGUCGUGUCUGUUCAGCAGGUGUCUCAAAUUCCUCUCUCAGCUGUGCAGCUUCAAAUGAAGGCCUUACCUGUUUCCUCUGUAGUGACGACAGUUAGACAGCCCCAAGCAUUCAGUCCACUGCAGUCCUGCCCUCAAAACCAAAUCUGUGCACAAAUUCAGGUCCAGCCUUGUGGCCAAGUCCAAAAAAUACAACACAUCCAGUCGCCACCUCGCCUCCAGACGCAAGCGCAAAUCCACCCUCAGAUCAGAGUUCAGUUUCAGCCCCAAACUCAGCCGGCAUCCCAACCCCAAGUGCAACACCUUCCUCAAAUUCAACCCCAGGUGCAGUUUCAAUCCCCAAAGCCAACCUUGCCCCAGGUUCAAGUUCAACACCAACAAAGGGUCCAACCCCAGUACCAGUCACAGGCGCAAAGUGCACUCCAAACACAAGUGCACACCCAACCGCAGACUCAGCAGCAGCCUCAGGCGCCACUCCAACCCCAGAUACAACCCCAGUUGCAUCCCCAGGUUCAGGUUCAUUUCCAGCAACAGAACCAGAUUCACCCUCUGCCUCAUGCGUCACAGCAACCUCAAAUUCAAAGUCUCUCACCAAUGACAAGUCAAAUUCCAACCCAAACCCAAUUCAAAGCACAGUCACCCACCCAGGUUCCAGUACAGACUCAACCCCAAGUGCAAGCGCAGGUUCAAGUCCAGUUCCAAACCCCGAACCAAACCCACAUUCAAGCUCAGCCUCAACUUCACGUCCAGCCUUCAAUUCGACAUCAGCUCAUCACUGUUCCGGGGCUUCAACAACCAGUGCAACUGUUGUCAGCUCUUCCACCUCACGUUGCGGCCCAGAUCCAGGCUCAGAUCCAAGCACAGGCGCAGCAGCAAGGCGGGGCGGUUCCCCAGCAGAUCAAACUGCAACUGCCUAUCCAGAUCCAGCAGGCUCACCAAAUCCAGAACGUGGUGACGAUACAGGCCCCAACAAACCUGCAGGACCAACUUCAGAGGAUGCAGCAACCCAGAGACCAGCAACAACCACAACCGCAACAGCAGCAACAUCAGCAUCCACCACCAAAGAAGAAGAAACACCAAGAGAAUAAAAGGGAGCAUAAGGAUCAUAAUCAGUUGCCCGUGAGCUCGGGAGAUGGUGUUCAUAAACAGGUGGGAGCGAAGCAGAGCGUUUCAGCCGAACAGCUCAAGCAGAGGAAACCCCAAGCCGCUGCUGAGCGGGAGGAAAACCAGAGAAUGAUUGUGUGCAACCAGGUGAUGAAGUAUAUUCUCGAUAAGAUUGAGAAGGACGAGAAGCAAGCAGCUAAGAAGAGAAAGAAGGACGAGGUGGUUGAGCAGAAACGCUCCAAGCAGAAUGCCACCAAGUUGACGGCGUUGUUGUACAAGCAUAAAGAACACCUGAAGGCGGAGAUUCUAAAAAAGCGGGCUCUGCUGGACAAGGACCUUCAGUUGCAAGUGCAGGAGGAGCUGAGGCGGGACAUCGCCAGGCUCCAGAAAGAAAAGGAGAAAGCCCGAGCUGCCAUCGCCCAGGCUGCGGCAGCGGCAGUCAAAUCAUCUUCCCUCUCCUCCCACUCCUCCCACUCCUCACAUUCUUCUCAACCCUCUCACUCGACACAUUCCUCUCACAGCAACCGCACAGCCGGACCCCCUUCCUCAUCACAUAAACGUAAGCGUGAAGAGGAGCGAGACAAGGACCGCAACAGGGACAAGGAGCGGCAUCACGACAAGAAACGCGAGCGAGAACGGGACAAAGAUCGGGAUCGGUACAAAGACAGAGAAAAAGACAGAGAGCGUGAUCGAGAAAAGGAGAGGAUGAGAGCGCACGAGCAUCAUCGACCUCAGGACAGGGAGAAGGGCGGAGAAAGGGACAGAGACAAGGAGAGAGAUCCCUUCUCGUUAAAACACAAGAAGAAGAAGAAGCUCUCGUCUACCUCAAAGGAUCACAAGAAGGACAAUAAACUCUACUGUAUCUGUAAAACGCCCUAUGACGAGUCCAAGUUCUACAUUGGGUGUGACCUGUGCUCCAACUGGUUCCAUGGCGCAUGCGUGGGCAUCACUGAGAAGGAAGCCAAAAAGUUAGAGGACUUUGUGUGUAAUGAUUGUAAACGGGGCCAUGAGGACUCGUGCCCAUGGACUAGCAAUGAACAAGUCCUUAUUUUUUUUCCGAAAUUACGCCCUUUCAGGUUUUACAUCGGCUGUGACCGCUGCCAGAACUGGUACCACGGGCGCUGUGUGGGCAUCCUACAGAGCGAGGCCAAUCACAUCGACGUGUACGUCUGCCCACAGUGUCAGUCGACAGAAGAUGCCAUGACUGUCCUCACGCCACUUACUGACAAAGACUAUGAGGGACUGAAACGAAUUUUACGCUCCUUACAGUCUCACAAGAUGGCGUGGCCUUUCCUUGAACCGGUGGAUCCGCAUGAUGCACCUGAUUAUUACCGCGUCAUCAAGGAACCAAUGGACUUUUCCACAAUGGAAAGCCGUUUACAAAAGCGCCAUUACCACAAGGUCACAGAGUUUGUGGCCGACGUGACCAAAAUAUUUGACAACUGCCGCUACUACAACCCCAAUGACACGCCCUUCUUUCAGUGUGCGGAGGUGCUUGAAGGCUUCUUUGUACAGAAGCUCAAAUGUUUCAAAACUGGCAGGUCUCAUAACAACAAGCUACAGUCAUCAUCCUCUUAGAGCGCGUGGCACAUUGAUGAAACGCCGAAAAACAAAAUGCACUUGCCAAGACGUUGGCUUUUCUCGACUGUCCCUCUGUGACACACGUCCUGUGUCGGGGAUGUGCUCUUUUAUGCGCGCAACCAAGCACUGCUGCUUUCACAGAGUUGGUCAGGCUCACCAUUUCAGCUCCAAGGGACCUUUUUUAUUUUUUUGUACCUGUCUUCAUAAGCGGAACUGUAUGGACGAGUUGGCAUUUCACAAGAAACUUUACCUCGGAGAAAAGACUCUCAAGGAGCUCUCAUGUUUCCAUGUACUUUAUUUUGGGGUCUCAUUUGUUGGCUCUUUUUCUUUGUUCUUGUUAAAUUCCCUCUGGCCAUCCAAAUGGUCAACUUGUUCGAUGAGAAGUAGGAAAUGGAAUAUAAUGGCUGAGUUUUACUGAGCAUACUAAAAUAUUUUGUGUCUACUUCCUUUUUGUACUAUUUCCAUUGUUCGGGCUGAGGUGGCAUGAGAAGACGGUCCAGUACCAAAUGACUGGACAACAGUAGAUGCUUGUUAGGCUCCUUACCUUGCUCUGCAAAAGUGACUGACUUGAGAAUGAUGAAUCUGUGUAUUUGAAGGUUCCUGUUCUGUUUGUUAAAAAAAAAAAAAAAAAGUCAGAUUUUGACGUUUUUUUUUUUUUAUUACAGCCGAAGAAAUAUGGAUGUAUAUGAAAGUAAAUAAAAGGCAGAAAUGUU